AUGGCGCCCGAGAAGUCUAUAAUCAGUGAAUAUCCAGACCUUCUUGGCGCCGGGCUCGUGAUCCUGGUUGCCGGGAUCACGAUAUUCGGGAUCCAGGGCAGCGCAUGGGUCAACAACUUCUUCACAGGACUCAAUAUGAUUGUGAUAGUGAUGAUAACCGUCUUCAUGUUCAUAUUUGCCGACUUCAACUACUUGCUUCUGCCGGUGCCGUACGCCAACUACUCGCUCAUACACGGCAGUGGUGGGGAUGGUCUGGUACAGCAUCCUCUCAUUCCUGACGGUGUUUUCCUGCCCUUCGGCAUCUCGGGUCUGAUUGCCGGUGCCUCCACCUGCUUUUACUGUUUUAUUGGGUUUGAUGUGAUUUCAACGUGUGCCGAGGAGACUGCCAAUCCGGCCAGAGACAUUCCACGCGCCAACAUGAUUGCUGUCCUCCUCGUCGCCAUCACCAUCAGCUUUUGUGCCCUGUCACUGGUGGUCUACGUGCCCUGGUACACCGUCGACAUCAAUGCGCCCUACAUGCUUGCUCUGAUCGGUGGAAAACAGAUCGGCGGUGGCAGUCUUUCGCUUCGUGAGGGCUUUUACUACUUCGUCGGCAUCGGCUGCCUCCUCGGACUCACCGGCAGCCUGUUGUCCAACACGAUUGCCGGCCCGAGAAUCAUCUAUUCCAUGGGUCAGGAUCGGAUCGUCUACAAGGCAUUUGCUUACGUCUGUGAGCCCUUCAAGGUAACCAUACAAACUGCACACUUCAUUCAGUUCACCUCGCUUCCUACUCACUACACCCCUCCGCUAGUUAAGUGA